AUGUUGGAGCCGUACCAACCCAAGUUUCAACAGCAGCAUCGCCAGAGCUGCGCCCUCGCUGAAGCCUCCGUCUCCGUGCCACCACACCACCGAGCGUCUCUUUCCCGAGGCUGCGUCUCCUACGACUGCGGCGCAUUCCCUCCGUACCAGCCGUGCGGGUAUUUAGCACACCGUCCGAGACAAAACUCAGUCUUCGUUGGCAGUAUGGGUGGUAUGGCCCUCAUUCCCGAGAGUCCUCCAAGGAGGUCCCGCUCCGCCGCAGACCUCCCAGCCCUGGUGCCUCCCGUGGACCACUCCCGCCCAAUAACGCCCAGGUCUUCAAGAGCGGCUAGUCUUCACAGCGCUGUAGACCUCAGAGUGUGCGUACCCUCGCCUAGAACAUCAAGAGCUGCAAGUCUACAUUCAGCCGUCGACAUGCCUCCAGGGUUAGUGCAGGUCCACGUGAGAGGAUCCGGUUCUAAUCUGAAUAGACCUAGGAGCCCCAGAAGACUCACUAUUACUAAUGUUUAA